UGUGCUGCCGCGUUUCACCCACACCGACCAGGAAAGAGAAACUCUGCUACUUUGACAGGCACGGAGAGGGAGCUCUAUUUGGAAGAAGAAGAUGAAAUACAAAGGCGUUUAUUCAAGUUAACGUUGUUCUUGCGCUAGCCAAAGGAGUAACUGGUAAGAAUAGAAUACUACUCUUGAUCUUAGCCAAAGGACGAGAAACAAUCUUUAUUAAUUAAAUAUUCCUUUGGGAUUGAAGGAGGGGAAGUCGCUUUUCAUUUGACCCCUGAGAUAGUGAGGAAAUAGCUUGACUAAAGUUCUGACUCAUUUCUGCUUUAUCUGCUCAGUAAAAUGGAACAGUCAUCCUAAAGUUCAUUAAGAGUAAAGUCGAUCGAUCAUUUUCUUAACCUUAAGCUAAGAUGCAAUAAGCGAUAUCGGUGGAACUAAUCCCAGUGAAGCAGCUGUGAGCUGGCACUCGCCAACUGUUGCACUAAGAUGGAGGUUUUGAAGUAUUUUCUGCUCAUUGCUAACUGUGGGUUCCUCUCCGGUGACGAAGGUCAGUUUUGGCACAUCAGUGACAUUCACUGGGACCCUGACUACAAAGUGACGGACGACCCAAAUGCCGUGUGCCCAUCGUCGUCUAAACCCGUGCAGGAUGCGGGAAAGUGGGGAAAUUACUUGUGUGACGCCAACUGGGACCUUAUCAACACCACCAUUUACACCAUGGGAGAACUCCUCCCGAAUCCGGACUUCAUCCUUUGGACCGGUGAUGACACCCCUCACGUCGCUGAUCAGCAGCUGGGAGAGGAAGCCGUGCUGAGGAUAAUAGGCAACUUAACCCAGCUGAUACAACAGGUAUUUCCAGACACCAAAGUCUACUCCGCACUGGGAAAUCAUGACUUUCACCCCAAGAAUCAGUUCCCUGGUUUCCAUCACAGCAUCUACAACAAGACUGCAGAACUAUGGGCAUCUUGGUUAAACAAGUCAUCCGUUGCUACGUUUACUCGAGGGGCUUUCUACAGCGAGAAGCUGGUGGGCAGCGACAAGCAGCGCAUUAUUGUUUUAAACACAAACCUGUACUACACCAGCAAUAAACUGAACGCUGAUGUGAGCGACCCCGCUGGUCAGUUUGAGUGGCUUGAAGAGACACUUUCAAACGCGGUGACGGGAAAAGAAAAAGUUUAUAUCAUUGGCCAUUUGCCCCCAGGUUUAUUCGAGAAGAAAAGAAGCCAAUUUUGGUUUCGAAAACAUUUCAAUAAGAAAUACAUUCAGAUUAUACAGAAGUAUCACAUUGUGAUAGCUGGCCAGUUCUUUGGCCAUCACCAUACCGACAGCUUCAGGAUGUUCUACAAUGACUCAGGGUCUCCGAUAGGAGUUAUGUUCCUCGCGCCAGGCAUUACUCCGUGGAAAACAACUCUACCCGGGGUAGAGAAUGGAGCCAAUAACCCUGGGAUCCGAGUGUUUAAGUACGACAAGGAGACAAUGAUCAUUAAGGAUAUGAUGACGUACUAUUUCGAUCUGGCCCUGGCUAACGCGGGGGCCCCAAACUGGAAGCUGUUGUACACUUUAAAGGGGGCGUUUGGUGUUGCUGACGGCAGCCCCGGGUCUAUGCAAAAGGCGGUUGAUUGGUUAUACCAGGACAGCAACCACCUGCAGGAAUAUUACAACUACAAUUCCGUCAACUACGACCUGGCCAAGUGCGAUUUCAACUGCAGAAUCGAUCACAUUUGCGCCAUCAAAGAAGUUGAUUUUGAUAAAUACGAGCAGUGUGUGGUGUUUGAGAGGUCCUCUUCCUCUGUCUACACGUCACCCGCUGUGUCCCUCCUGCUCUCCCUCCUGUUCCUCCUUUCAUUUCAGGUCCUGUGAAAUAACCGCACAUUUUGGCAAAAUCCGAGAGUUGCUGAACGUAAUACCACAACAAUAAUUUGCAUUUACGUCACAGAGCGCUUGAAAUGUUUGAGAGACGCUUUAGCAAUGUUUGAGAGAAGUAACUCAAAGUGUUUUAGACCAGCGAGGUAUACUUUUCUCUGUGCUCGCUUUGUCCUGCAAAUAAUGAGUUGCAGAUCUAUCUGAAAGCAUGUUUGUUCUGGCCUAUUUCAAUCUUGUUUUGUUCACGCUUCAUUCUAUAAUAAUAAUAAUACUGCUUGCACUUAUCACGUCGCCGAGACGUCUCAAAGCGCUUCACAGAGUAUACUGUAAAUGGAUUGUCUGUGUAUUUUGUGGGCAAACAUAUCGAAUUGUAUCAUUAAAUUUAAUCAAUGAGAAAAA